AUGCUAAUGCCAAUCCCCUCACAACAGAAGAAGUCGCAGCUCUCGUUAUCGACAAUGGGUAAGCUACUCUCCCUCUCCGCCUCGUUCCGGGUGCGGUGCCGGGGCUGGGCAAUGCUUUCCUCUCCUUUUUUUUUGGCAUCGCAGUCCGGCGUUGCGUGCUGCAGGUCGCCCGAAACCCCUCUUCCCAAAACCGAUGAUGUGGCCGAAGCUAGGGACCCACCGCUAGAGGAAAUGAGGAGGCGGGCGCGCCCUAAAUGCAAAAGCUACACCAUAAAGCAACCACGCGCAGGCUAUGCUUGUCUUGUCCCUCGUGUUUCGGCCGCUUCAUCGUCGCCGACAACUGCAACAGCGAGAAAUUCGGGUAUGUGCAAGGCCGGUUUCGCCGGUGAUGAUGCGCCCCGUGCCGUUUUCCCGUCAAUUUGCGAGCUGCGUCCGGCGGAUCCGGAGCACAGCUCUGCUGGCUGGACGGUACAUCGGGGCAAGACAAGCCAAAAAAUGAGGGGCGAGGCGGCGUCCAUUGUCGGUCGGCCCCGUCACCAUGGUAUCAUGAUCGGUAUGGGCCAGAAGGACUCGUACGUUGGUGAUGAGGCACAGUCGAAGCGUGGUAUCCUGACCCUGCGGUACCCCAUCGAGCACGGUGUCGUCACCAACUGGGACGACAUGGAGAAGAUCUGGCACCACACCUUUUACAACGAGCUGCGUGUUGCCCCUGAGGAGCACCCCAUCCUGCUCACUGAGGCCCCCAUCAACCCCAAGUCCAACCGUGAGAAGAUGACCCAGAUCGUUUUCGAGACCUUCAACGCCCCCGCCUUCUACGUCAACAUCCAGGCCGUGCUGUCCCUGUACGCCUCCGGUCGUACCACCGGUAUCGUUCUGGACUCUGGCGACGGUGUCACCCACGUUGUCCCCAUCUACGAGGGUUUCGCGCUGCCCCACGCCAUUGCCCGUGUCGACAUGGCUGGCCGUGACUUGACCGACUACCUGAUGAAGAUUCUGGCCGAGCGCGGCUACUCCUUCUCCACCACGGCCGAGCGUGAAAUCGUCCGUGACAUCAAGGAGAAGCUCUGCUACGUCGCCCUUGACUUUGAGCAGGAGAUCCAGACCGCCGCGCAGAGCUCCUCGCUGGAGAAGUCGUACGAGCUGCCCGACGGCCAGGUCAUUACCAUUGGCAACGAGCGCUUCCGCGCCCCCGAGGCUCUGUUCCAGCCCUCUGUCCUGGGUCUGGAGAACGGCGGUAUCCACGUGACCACCUUCAACUCCAUCAUGAAGUGCGAUGUCGACGUCCGCAAGGACCUGUACGGCAACAUUGUCAUGUCUGGUGGUACCACCAUGUACCCGGGUCUGUCCGACCGUAUGCAGAAGGAGAUCACUGCCCUGGCCCCCUCGUCGAUGAAGGUCAAGAUCAUUGCGCCCCCCGAGCGCAAGUACUCCGUCUGGAUCGGUGGUUCCAUUCUGGCGUCGCUGUCCACCUUCCAGCAGAUGUGGAUCUCGAAGCAGGAGUACGACGAGAGCGGUCCCUCGAUCGUUCACCGCAAGUGCUUCUAA